CCGGUGAGAGGAUUUAGAACAUGCUUAUUCACCCAUCAAUAUAUAGGACAUUCCUACAAAUUGUGCAACAGCCCAAGUAUAUCGUAGUUUCUCAAUAGUCUUGUCUGUAUUUACAAAACUAUGUAAAUUCAUCGGUCACUCUGACGCAGCGGAAAAAUACUAGAUAUUUUUAACACAACAUCCGCGUCGUGUGAAAAUAAACAGGCGCGUGUUGUCAACAUUGCAUCAUCUUUAGCACAGUGCAGAUCGUGAAAGACCAAGCUCAAAUACAUUUCGAAUUUUAUACUUGGAAAUCUGAAGUCAUGGAGAGCGAAAGGAAAAAUCGUGGCUACUGUCUAGUGAGAAAGUUUCGAAAAUCCCUCAGACGCCAUCUUUUAUUCAUUCUAACCUUAUCAGCAGUCAUCGUUGGAUUUUCCCUGGGAUUCGUUGUACGCGAAGUAGAACCUUCUUCAGACACAAUACAAUGGCUGGGUAUGCCUGGAGAGUUAUUUAUGCGGUUGCUGAAAAUGAUGAUAAUACCUCUUUUGGUUUGCAGUGUGAUACACAGCACGGCUUCUCUUGAUCCAAAGUCUAAUGGUAAAAUCAGCGCUAUAGCCUUCACGUACAUAUUUCUCACAAACAUACUGGGCUGUGUUAUAGCUGUAGCACUGUUUUACGUCAUCAAACCAGGUAGUGAAAGUCCCCUCAUUAAAGGAAAACCAGAUGUCUAUGAAGCAAAUCCUCAGGAUGUAUUUGCAGAUUUACUUAGAAACAUCAUACCUGAUAAUAUUGUUGAGGCCUCUUUUCGCCAAUCGCAGACAAAAUAUUCGUAUGAAUCAUUAGAGCACCAGCUAUCAGAAAAUUCAACUUUCUUGAAUGCGUCAACCAAUCAAAAUCAAUCAACAAUCCAAGUGGUUCGAAAGCUUGUAAAAUCAGUUGGCAAGACAGAUGGUGCUAAUAUUCUAGGACUUAUAGCAGCCUGUAUGUUCCUCGGGACGGCUGCGGGUAAGCUUGGAAAGAAAGCUAAAACGUUUCUUGACUUCUUCGCUGUGAGCACGGAAGUCGUUUUACAAGUUCUUCGCUGGUUUCUCUGGAUGACCCCACUUGGUAUCGCCAGUCUUAUUGCAGCCUCAAUAGCAGGUACCCGUGACGUCAGCGGUACAUUUGCUAGCCUAGGUCUCUUUGUCGUCACGGUUACUAUAGGGAUCGUCCUCCACCAGGCGCUAUUUCUACCUCUCAUCUUAUUUUUAACCACCAGAAGGAAUCCAUUUACAUACUUUAUUAGUAUAGGUCGGGCGUGGUUGAUAUCAUUUGCUGCUACUAGCACAGCUGUUGCUAUUCCUGAAAUGCUCAAUGCUUGUGAAAAUAAAAACAACAUUGAUAAGAGGGUCAGUCGCUUCGUCAUUCCUUUUUGUGUUACAUUAAACGGUGAUGGCAGCGCCCUCUUUAUCACAGCAGCCGCCAUGUUCAUAGCCAACAUCUCAGGACAUUCAUUAACAUUUGGGGAUGUGCUCAUUAUUGGUUUACUGACGGCUAUAGCCAGCCUCGCCCUCCCGUCCGUACCUAGCUCCAGUAUAGUAACUCUCAUCAUGAUAUUGUCCUCACUGAAGAUUCCCGUGGAAGCCGUGUCGCUGUUAUUUGCCGUAGAGUGGUUUUUAGAUCGCAUCAGGACAACGUCAAACCUUUUGAGUCACACAUUUUGCGCAGCCAUAACUUAUCACUUUUGUCGGAAGAACUUCCGGACAGAGGAGGACCCCGAGCAGUUAGAACAGGAAGUGGAACUCGUCGUAUAUUCUUCGGACUCGUAUAAUUCUUGAUUUACCAGACAUUGGAAUGAGAAUUCUACCAAAAUGUGAAUUUCUGGUUGUGUAGAAAUUGCACCUCUAUUGUGAGUUGUGACGUCAUACAUGUGGAUCUUGCUGUAUGGAGGGAAAGCUUUUGGUGUAAAAUCGUGAUAUGCAGAGAUCUGUGCUUUCUUGUUAGGUUAAUGAGCAGCUAUAGAAUCAUAUAUUUUUAAAUCAUAUAUUAGCUACAAAGACCAUGUAAUACAUCUACUAGAACGCCGAUGGUAAAUUUGCCCCAUAUGUAUCUGAAUUACUUGACAGAAAUUUAUUAAUGUCAAAAGUUAAGCCAUUUGUGUUUGGUGUACACCAGAUGCAAGAUAGUAGGGACAUUUACACAACGAAAAAUAGAUUCCAGAAAAAAAAUGAAUUAUUCAGGGUGACCUUGCUGAGUAGAAAAUGUACAAUACAACAAUGACUGCAGUUGUUUCUACUAAAAUAACAUGACGUUUCAUAUGCAUCAAACUCAAGGAGAUUUUUUUUUAAAAAGCAGGUCUAUAUUAAAAUAGUGCCCUACAGGCAAACUAUUUAGUACUCUCUUUAUUGCCGAAGACAUAAUUAUGUCUUAUCACAUCAGUUGCAAUAUGUAUACAUAAAUACAUAAAAAUGACAUUGUAUGGCGGUGUACAAAUUCAAGCAACGGAGAAUAACUUUUAAACAAGAUUUUCUCGCAACUUAAGCGUAAGACAUAAAUAUUUCCCUUAAUUACAAAGUUCGUAUUCAUUCUGAACACUUAAUUAUUGUACAUUUGAAAACAGAUGGUUUUUGCCAAUAAUACUUUUUGAUAUAUUUAUGACGAAAUUCCUCUUAAUGAGGGCAAAUUAAUACAAAGUGAUAUUCGUCCUCUAUGUUAUUCUUACAAAAUUUACAUACUCUAUUUUAAGUAUAUUGUUAUGGCAGCCUGUUUCAAUUUCAAGAUUGUGAGAAGAUAGUCUGAUUCGACAAAUGUACCUUUUAUACAUAUUAGUUAUAGGUUUACAAAGAUAAUACUGUAAAGAAAAAUGAUCAAUAACAUGUUCGUAAAUAAUACACUUUGAAGAAACAUUAAUUAGUUCAACUAAACUUUGAACAAACAUAUCGGUCAACCUUUGUUUUAUAAUAGGAAAAAAAAGUUUAGAAGUUGCAUUCUCUUGAUCAAUGUAUUCUAGUCCUAUCUCGUACAGUAUUUGUUUAAUACAAAUUUAUUAACAACUUCAAUUGACUGACCAUUCAGAUUCCAGUUUUCUGUAUUUUUUAUUCUACCUCCGUUCCUAAAAAUAGAAAUUUUUGUUUUAUGAACAUUAACAGUAAGAUCCCAGUCAGUUGUAUAUUCAUAUAACUCAUCUAACAUAUUUUGAAACUCGGGUACAUUGUAAGCAAAAAUGACCAUAUCAUCUGCAUACAUCAAAACAUACAAAUGUAACGGCACAAUAUCGUGUUUUAAAAAUUCUGCUCCAAAGUUAUUCACAUAUAACGAAAAUAGGAUGGGAGAUAACACUUCUCCUUGUAAAAGUCCUACGUUACUUCUAAAAUAUUCUGACAUCAUACCUGCAGAUUUAACACUAGAUUUCAUGCUUUGAUACAUAUCCCGGAUAAUGCGUUCUAAUUUACCUCUAAUACCAUACGUGCUGAGCUUUUUCCAUAAUUUAAUUCGAUCAACAGUGUUAAAUAUUUUGUCUUGUUCAGGUUUUUUUGUUGAUUUGAAAGAAUGUACUAUCGUGGUGGUUACAUUUUCUUCUUUUCAAAAAGUCAUUUAUUGAACUGUCUCAUAUAAUGUCGUCUGUUUACAUUAGUAACAGGUUUCAACUAAUUACAGUACACCUAGCGUAAACAAUGCUUCCUAUUACAUGUAAGCAAUUUCCGAGAUAUCAGAUCUUCUGUGACAGGAAUACGUUUAGUUUUCUACUAAACGCUCGGAUAUGGAGCGCCAAAUUAAGAUAAACUCAAAUAAUUGAAGAUAUGUCUAAUACAUGUAAUCAAUUCAUUUGAUGAGGGCAACAAUUCAAUUAAUGAUCUCUUCAAAUAAUUAAUGAUAUCUUCAUAUUAAAUUAUUAUCUGCAUUAAUUGAAGCAUUGGUAGCAUUAAUUAAUCUGCUGAAUUGAUGCGCGCUAUAAAAUGAAAACUGAUCGCGAUAGGUCAGUGGUAGAGCUUUUGCUUUGUAGCUGUGAGUUCGAUUCACGCUGGUACCGCGUCAAACCCAAGACUUUGUAGUGAUUGUUCCUUUCACCAAAUGAUCGGUAUUUAGAUGUGAGAAUUACGGGUAUUUUUGGAUAUGACCUUAAAAACGGAGGUCCCGUGUCGUGACAUUCCUUGACACGUUAAAGAACCUUCACUCUACGGCCUUGAGCGCUAAGCAUAUGUCUAAAUAUGUGGUACUUAACGUACAUGUACAACUAAUGACGUCUCAAUAGGAGUGAAAAAUUCUCGACGGGACCUAAAACAGACAACCGACAAACCGAUCAUCAAAUGUAUUGAUGAUAUUGGAAUUGAUGUGAGCAAUUAUUUAUAACUGAAACGAGCAAUGGUUCAAUUAAUGUGCGUAUCAAUUCAGUUAAAGCGUGCAAUAAUUGAAUCAUUGUUCUCUUCAACUGAAUUAUUGCGCACAUCAAUUCAAUUAAUGCGCGCAAUGAUUCAAUUGAAUUAUUGCCCCCUUCAAUUAAACUAAUGAUAUCAUUGAUUCAAUUGAUGCUCAAAAUAAUUCUUUAAGAGUGAGAGGGAGCAUCCACAAUUCAUUUCAUAAUAUCUUCAAUUCUGAAUUAUUGCGUACAUUAAUGAAAAAUCAUGCUAUCACCAAUUUGAUUAUGAUCACUGUUUGUUAUCUUUACUUUUUUGUUUGAAAUAUAUGAUGGUUUUUGU